GACGUUUUUGACAAAUCAGAAGCCCUGAGCCCUUGACACCCUCCCGCACGGCCGCACCCCCGUUGAUCACUUCUCUUCAUCUCUGUCUCUAUGAUUCGCUUCUUGGCGAAUCUCUCUUCCGCUGCUGUCGCUGUCAAGCACGAUCACCUCCACCUGUCAAGGCUCAAGCAGGAUCACCUUUCACGCCGUUCCCACCACUUGUGAAGGCGUGAAGCCCGAUCACCGCUGAACUCUCCCGCCCACCAGCACCUGUCAAGAUUUUUGCAUAACUAGGAUAUAAGCACCAUGAUAGAAGUUGCUCGCGUCCGGCUGAACGGGUGGCAGCAAGCUGCCGUUGCACUUGGUUCAGCGGUUGGUGCAUUGCUAGACCCACGUAGAGCAGACUUGAUAGCAGCCCUUGGAGAGACAACUGGGAAACCUGCUUUCGAAAGAGUUCUUGAGAGGAUGAAGAGGAGUCCAGAAGGCAGAGCAGUACUCUUGGAGCGACCACGUGUCAUAGCCUCAAAGGUGGGGCAUGCAUGGGAUAUGCCAGAAAACACAUUUGGUGCCGCCUAUGCAAGAUUCAUGGGAUCCAGGAACUUCUCGCCAGACGACCGGCCACCGGUGCGGUUCAUGGACACAGAUGAAUUGGCAUAUGUGGCUAUGCGAGCCCGUGAGGUGCAUGACUUCUGGCACACCCUUUUUGGACUCCCCACCAAUUUGAUUGGCGAGUCAGCCCUCAAGGUAAUAGAGUUGGAGCAAAUGUACCUUCCCAUGUGCUUCCUAUCUGUUGUGGGGGGCACAGCUCGAUUUAACAAUCAGCAAAGGGCGUUGUUUUUCCAGCACUACUUCCCAUGGGCCAUUCAGGCUGGUGUGAGGUGCACAGAUCUUAUGUGUGUGUAUUAUGAGCAGCACUUUCAUGAGGAUUUGGAAGAUGUUCGGAGGAAAUGGGGGAUAAUUCCUGCUCCCACUGCUCCUAAACAAAACUUUAUGUAAGCAGCCUCUCUCGCUUUUGGUAUUUUUGUUAAUUACCAUUUUGGUGUUGCUCUACUUGAUAAGUAGUUUUCUGCUACCUGCAAAGACUACUUAUGCAUUCUAUAAGUAGAAGUUGAAUUUUGAAGCAGUAUUGAAUUGAUAAAUAUAAAUGAACAAAAAACAUUUCCUACUAGAGCCAUCGAUUGGCUAGUAUUUUUA